CGGUAGGUCACAAGGUACGGCCACUUUUCAAGACCCAUCAAUCUGUCCUGAUGUUCAGCAGGACUACAUGUCUGAGCCAAGUCCGGUUACCUCGAGCCAGGAAGUCCUGGUUCACACCCCUCUCAAGAGGAGCUGUGUGAGCUUCCAUCCCCACCUCCACAUCCAGACUAAGGCCACAGCCCUCCUCUGGACCUGGUGACCUAAGGCAGGUUGCCCCAGCCACCACACCGCACCUGGGCCCAUCCCAGUCCUGGAUGAGUCAGCUGACGGGGGAGCAGGAACCCAGCUAGAACAAGGGCCACCGCCUUCCAGGGAGAGGAACAGACUCCGUUGGCAGUGGUUGGAGAAGGACAAGCAGCAGCACCUGGGCUGCAGUGCUGAGUGACAUCCAUCCGAGCCUCCUCUCACCCCUCACCCUCUGUGCCCUGCAGUGUGUUCCAAAGAGCAGCCAUGUCCACCCUGUACCCAUCUCUGGAGGACCUGAAGGUGGACCAAGCCAUGCAGGCUCAGGCCAGAGUCGUCCCCAGGAUGCCCGCCCUGCCAGUGCCAGAACAUGACUCGCGGACUUCAGUUUUGUACCCAAACCUGGCAGAAUUGGAAAAUUAUAUGGGUCUUUCCCUCUCCAGCCAAGAAGUCCAGCAGAACCUGCCUCAGAUUCCAGAAGGGGCCAGGGCAGCGGUCUCGGGUUCCUCGCCGGGCCAGCUGGUGGCGCCCGUGUCCGGGAACAGCCUGGGGGUGCUGCGUGCGGAGAUCAAGCCCGGGGUGCGCGAGAUCCACUUGUGCAAGGACGACCGCGGCAAGACGGGGCUGCGGCUACGAGCCAUCGACAAGGGGGUCUUUGUGCAGCUGGUCCAGGCCAACACCCCUGCGUCGCUGGUGGGGUUGCGCUUUGGAGACCAGAUCCUGCAGAUCGAUGGGCGUGACUGUGCCGGGUGGAGCACGGACAAAGCCCACCGGGCGGUGAAGAAGGCAUCAGCUGAAAAGAUCGUCAUGAUCGUUCGGGACAGGCCGUUCCAGCGAACCGUCACCAUGCACAAGGACAGCACGGGCCAUGUCGGCUUCGUCAUCAAGAAGGGAAAGGUCAUCUCUUUGGUCAAAGGGAGCUCGGCGGCCCGCAACGGGCUCCUCACCAACCACUACGUGUGCGAGGUGAAUGGGCAGAACGUCAUUGGGCUGAAGGACAAAGAGGUCACAGAGAUUCUGGCCACCGCUGGAAAUGUCAUCACCUUGACCAUCAUCCCCACCGUGAUCUACGAGCACAUGGUCAAAAAGUUGUCCCCGACCCUGCUCCACCACACCAUGGACCACUCCAUCCCGGAUGUCUGAGGCCCCAGGAGAGCAGCUUAGCCCUCCCAUCCUCCUGCAGGGAAGGGAGGGCCCCUGGAUGACAGGCUGCUGCCUGGGGGAGGGGCUGUCUCAAGGGGGUGCUUACUACAGGUGGGGUGACACUGGAUCACGUGGGUCUGUCAUUUAUUUAAACACACUGGCCUCCUUGGAUUCUCAGACUCUUAACUGAGCUAAGGCGGGGGCAGGGCCCGCAGGCAGUGAUUCUCUGUGCUGAUUUAAAUGCUGGGCAUGUAGGCAGGCUGGCUAAAGUUGCAGCUGGGUCCUUUUCAAAAUUUUGCCUCUACCAGUAAAACAGUUCCAUGUUUUGAGAGAAUGCAGUUUUUGUGAGAAUUGUUUGUUUCCUUGACUUGCUCUUUGUCACAAACUGUAUAUAGUUAUAACUUUCUUUUGAAUAAAGAGAUGAUUUUAAAUAAAA